CCGCCCCCGCCCCCGCCCCAGCCACCGCCGACUCUUCCUCAACGAAGGCGUAGAUCAGCGCGUGCCGUCCCCUGACGAGCCUGCCUCAACGUCCCCCGGCCCUGGGCGGCGCAAGGGAGCGUCUGCCCGCGCCUCCCCGGCGCUCCGCAUCGCCUUUUCCGCCGUUUGCUCGCCGGUGGCCGGUGGGCGACGGACUGCUGCCCCGCCCACGCCGCCUCCGCGUGUUCUGAAGGGCUGGGCGCCCUUGCCCUGCCAAACCCGGCGCCACCUCCGCCUGGAACCGUGCGUCGUGUUCUGCGGUAGGAGCCUAGGAGGCCAGAGGCUCCACAGAGUUGGCUUCGCCCCGCGUAUGUGAUUCGCGGCGGCGGCCGGAGCUCGGUACAGGCGCCGCUGGGACGACAACGACGACGACGACUGCGCCGUGGAUGCCUCCGCCGCCGCCGGAUCGGAGGGACUAUCUGUACAGGGAGGGCCGCAGGCACGACGGCGGCGGCGGGGGCGAGCCGCUCCUGCCGCCAGCCCCCACGCCGCCCCGCUGGCGGGACUCGCCCUACCACCCUCCGCCGCCGCCCCUGCGGGACCACGCGCGGCCCUCGCCGCGCCGGGCGCCGCCGUCGGCCUCCUCAGAAGGUUACUACCGACAGGGCGGCGGCGCGUACGACCGCUCCUUCCCUGAUGAGCCGCCGAUAGGCCACACGCCAUCGCGCUCAGACCGGUACUGGGCGGAAGACGACGGCGGAGGAUGCAAGGGCUUCGGCCGGUACGGUGGCGGCGGCCGGAGGGACGGCCGUGACAUGAGGGGGUCUUACCGAAGGUCGCCGUUCAGGGGCUAUGGAAGCGACAUCUCCAGGAACCAUACGGAGCAGCCCCCUCCGCCCCCGCCGAGGAGGUCUCCGUUGAGGUCAGUCGCUGUUCCGAUCUGCUACGACCCUCCAGGCAAUAGAGUUGACAAGGGGGAUAGGGACAACCUCGCGCGGGUGACACCAUGGAGGAGGAGGGAGAGCAGAUCUGAGAUUGCGGAUGCUGCUGGGGCUGGACCUGUGUCUGUUGGCCAGACCAAUCGGCCGGCGCCCUCAGAGAAGGCUUCAGCUCAGCCUUUGGCUGGGGCAGCUCCUCACGGGGCUGAUGAGGAGGCGCCAAGGAAGAAGGCUCGACUUGGAUGGGGGCAAGGUUUGGCCAAGUAUGAGAAGCAGAAGGUGCAAGGCCCUGCAGAUCUUGCUGAAGCUGUUGUUGAUGGGAGCCCAGCUGAUACUGAACAGAAAGCUGCUUUUCCUGUGCCUCCGCCUGAGCCGCCUGCUGCUCCCGCUCCUCCACCUGAACCUCCUGCUGCGCCUGAGCCUCCUGCUCCUGCGCCUGUGCCGCCUGCUGCACCUGCCUCUGCUGCUGUGUAUGUGCCUGCUUCUGUAUCUGCAUCUUCACCUGCGCGCUGCACAUCUCCGGUUGAUGCACCAUCAUCUGCAGCACCAUUUUGUACCUCAGGGCCUGAAGAUAAAUCUUGUGAACAGACGGCAAAUACGGUCAUAAACCCUACUAAAGAUGUCCCUGAAGCUGGUGAUAAAACUUUCAACAAUGAAUUCUCCAUUAAGUUAGAUCAGCUGGGUGAUGAUCCUAUUAAUUCCCUUGCAAACAUGCUUGCUGACGUUCUCCAACAUGAUGAUUCUUGCUCUGGGGAUUCUAAAGGGCCAACCAGUGCAAGUAAGCUGCUGCUACUGAAGGAAAGUAUUUCCAAGGAGAUUGAAAAGACCGAACUCGAGAUUGAUUUGUUGGAAGGUGAACUUAAAUCUGUAAAUUCUGAGGCCGGAACAGCUGCUGAGGGUUCUCCCACAGGUGUCACAUAUGCAGAAAAUAUUUCACCUUCUAGUGGGACAUCAAAGGUCCCUGUUAGUGUGGAGAUCUCUGAAACAUCUCAUGUGAUGAAAGAACCAGGGGAGCUCAUCAGCUCUCCUAAGCCACCUUCGGUGCAGGAUGUUGAUGCCAAAGGUUCUGAUAUGAUGGAAAUUGAGACUGCUCCAGUUCGUAAUGCAAAAACAGUUUCUUCAGAAGAGAGUGCUGUAUCUCCUGUAGUUGCAGAGGAUCCGGCCUGUGCAGCUGCUGUCCUUAGCCCAUUGAAAGCUUCUGAAGGAGCUGGGUCUCAAAUUGAUAUGCACAAUGACAGGCUGGAAACUUCUCCAUGCCAUGAUAAUGCUGAGUCAAUCAAAACAGAAGUUAGUGAUGACCCACCAGUGAGGCAAUGCCCACACCAUGAUCAUAAGUAUAGCUUAUUUGGGUCAGUUACAUCUGCCAAUAACAAUAUAGCCAAAGUAAUGAAUGAAUCGUUAUUUAAAUCAUUGCCUGCUGAUACACUUCACCUUGAUUUAGUGGCACCGAGUCAUCAUCUGAGCCAAAGUAAGAAUGACCAUCGUAUCAAAGAAAGGCUUGGAGUAUUUAAAAAUAGGCUGAGGUUGAAAGAGCAGAUUCUUACCUUAAAGUUCAAGGCAUAUCGUCACUUGUGGAAAGAGGAUCUGCGAUUGCUUUCUGCGAAGAAACAACGCUCAAAGUCUAACAAGCGCAUUGAUCAGAGCAACCGGGCAUCACAUAUUGGAUCUCAGAGGCAACGCUCCUCCAACCGUUCACGAUUGGCCAUGCCUGCUGGUAAUUUAAGUAUAUUCUUAACUCCAGAAAUGUCAGAUGUUGCAAGCAAGUUGUUUUCAGAAUUUCAGAUUAAGCGCUGCAGAAACUACCUGAAAAUGCCAGCGCUGAUUAUAGAUGAGAGAGAGAAGGAAUGCUUGAGGUUUGCCAGCAAGAAUAGCAUGGUCGAUGAUCCUGUUUUAGUCGAGAAGGAGCGGGUAAUGAUAAAUCCAUGGACACAAGAAGAAAAGGAAAUAUUUAUGGAGAUGCUUGCUAAAUUUGGCAAGGAUUUCUCCAAAAUCUCCAGUCUCCUUGUGCACAAAACUACUGCUGAUUGUGUGGAGUUCUACUACAAGCAUCAUAAAUCAGAUAGUUUCCGAGAAGUUAAGAAACUUUUGGACCUUCGACAACAUCAACCCACUGGCAAUUUUCUGGGAGCGAAAUCUGGAAAGAAAUGGAAUCCUGAGGCAAACGCUGCUAGUCUUGAUAUGCUUGGAGUAGCAUCAGUAGUAGCAGCCCAUGGCCUUGAAUAUGCAAACAGAGUGGAGAAAGUCUCUGCGAAAUCCCUCAUCCGUGCUGCAUAUGGGUCCAAUGCUUCUUUUGCAGCCAAAAAAUCUUCUGACAGGGAAUGCAUUAAUAAUGCACCGUUGAAUGAGAGAGAAUCUGUUGCUGCUGAUGUAUUAGCAGGCAUAUGUGGCACUCUCUCUCCUGAGGGAAUGGGCUCAUGCAUCACUAGUUCUGCUGAUCUUGGUAAGAUUAGCAUGACAAGAAUGGAGCAUAUCUUAGCCCCCGAAUUUGACAGAAGCAUUGAUGAGGAAGAUUCACUGUCAGAUGAAGAGUGUGAAGUUGAUCCUGUUGAUUGGAAUGAUAAUGAGAAGUCAAUUUUCAUUGAGGCUAUGAACAACUACGGAAAGGACUUCGCUAGGAUUUCAUCAUGUGUGAAAAGCAAGUCGUAUGAGCAGUGCAAAGUAUUCUUCAGCAAGGCUCGGAAAUCACUUGGUUUGGAUUUGAUCCAUCAAGGAGCAGCUGAUGUUAGUGUGCCAACUAGUGAUACAAAUGGAGGGAGGAGUGAUACUGAUGAGGCCUGUGCUGCUGAAAUGGAUUCAGCUAUCUGUAGCACACAGUCAUGUUCAAAAAUUGAGAUGGUAUGCCCUACUGAAAAAGACAUUGGAGGUAUAAUCACAAAGCAGCCAGAACUUAAUAUAUCAAAUGGGUUUGAUGUUGUGAACAGUAAAACUGGGGAAGAUGAGAAGAAAACUGAAAAAAAAUGUGGUAUUGUUGAUCAUGAAAGGUUCGAUGAAGGUACUCAUCAAGCAGCAUGUGGUCCUAUUGACAUCAAUUGCCCAGAAAGCACAGAGAAGCUGCAUGGAAAAGAUGAUGUCAUUGACCAAGUAAAUAUGCACAACAAUAGUGCCAUCAGCUCCUCGACUGAGCAAGCAAAGGCAGUGCCCUCGGAAGUCCAAUCCUGUUUAGAUUCUGUUGAGGUACUUCAUCAAACAAGCAAAUCCCCUUUGGGGACUGGCACUGAUGCUUCCCAGAUGGAAGAAUGUUCCAACCAUGCUCUUGACGAUAAGCUAAUGAAAGCUGGAAAUUCUGGUGCCUCAUCUUGCAUAGCUUCCGAUAAAUGUAUUAGGGACAAUGUUCACUUUGCAAACACCAUUAGUCCUACAUUCGCUUCAAGUUAUAAGCAUUCUGUGCCAGCGGAUAUGCCCCCGACAAAACCAAAGCCAUUGGUUACUCCCCUUACCCCAAAGGACUUAAUGCCUGUACAGUUCAGUUCUGCAGUUCCUGAUCCUACCGCAAUUCGUUUUGAUGGCAUAGCUUCAAUAACAAUGCCCAAUUUUGAGGACAGUGGUAACAGAGUCAGCAGUUCUUUAGGGCCCAAAGAUAUGAGCAAGUACCCAGCUUUUAAAGACCCAACCGGUAAUCAGCAUGUCACAUUGUUUCGUAAUGUUGAUGGUUACACGAACCAUCUGACAACUGAAUUACCAAUUUUUUCUGAAAGAACUGCAAGUGGCACUGUGAGUACUUCUCAGACUGAUCGGUUCACUCUAACAAAAUUCCAGAAUGGCAGGUCCAGCAGUUUGGGCCUUCCAAACACUUCCGAUGGGAUUCAAUGGGCCAGAAAACACGAAGAAGUACUGCAAGGUUCUCUGAGGUCAUGCUCUCACAAUACAAGUUCUGAUGGUGAUGAGCAACAAAAGCGGCCUGGUGAUGUCAAGUUAUUUGGGAAGAUUCUCAGUCAUCAAUCAUCCUUGCAAAGUUCUGUCUCAUCAUGUAAUGGUAACAAGAGCAAGCCUCCCUCGCCAAAGGUUGACACGUCAUCUGUGAGAUUGUCGAACAAUCCAAGGGAUCGUGUGGUUUGUUCUUCCAGGCCUGGCUUCACUCAUUUGGGUCUGGAGGAAAGAACAGCUCGGAGCUAUGGCCAUUUGGAUGGAAGCACAACACAGCCAGAGCCACUGCUAAUGAUGGCGAAGUGCCAGAGCUUAGCCGGUGUACCGUUUUACUCGGCUAAAAAUGGCACUGUUAGUGUGUUUUCAGAUUAUCAACAGCCUUCGAUUCAGCCGCAUCAGUCAGAUCCAAAACGGCUGGAAAGGUUUUCUGAUCCUCAGAAGCGCAACGGAAUGGAGUUCAUCUCGGGUUUCCAGCAGCCUGGUAAAAUCUCACGGUUUGGGGGUGCUGGUAUCCUUGUAAGCGGGGUCUCAGACCCUGUGGCUGCUCUCAAGGCCCAGUAUGGUCCCAGUUCUAAGGUUAUGGGCAGUGACGUGGAUCCUUGGAAGGACAUAGGAAGCAGGUAGCAUCGGUAGUGGUAGCAGCUUUAGUUCAUGUUUUGUUGCCCCUUUGUAUCAUAUUUAGUUUUUGUAACUUAAAUGAAGAAAACAAGGGAAAGUGAAUGGCUUUCCUGUUCAUACUAUUUGUAGGCUUUGCAGUAGCUGUUCGGUUAUGUAUUUGGCAUUAACAUCUCUUACCUUUUCUGCAGCUCCAUACCCUUUGCUAGCUUGACCUGUCAACAGUGGCACAGUGCUGUAGGUUCGCUAGAGGUGCUGUCCACAGGCUGAUUGUGUUUGUCCGGUAGGAUUUUGUUUUGUCAGUCUAUGCAGAAACCUCACAUCAUUGUAAUAUGGUAAUGCCGAACUCAGAAUAUGCUAGUCUGAUGGAGUUUUGGUUGAAA